AUGGAGAAGGCUGAAAAGAGACAGUGGAUGCAAUCUGUGAACGGAAAAAUCCGUGUCGGACCCAUGUACCAGGCGAUGAUUCCGCCUUUUUGCAGAGCGGGGGACGUACCGAAACAAGGCGACUGCGACUCGCCAAUGCGUGAAAAUGGCUCCGACGGGCAGCGUUACACUUCGGGCAUCGCUGGAGACGAACACACGGGCGAUAAGGCUGUUAAAAUGGAGCAGGAUUCCCAACGCAAGAUGAAAGCGCAUUCUCAGUAUUUGGUUGCCGAAGACUUCCUCAUAUCGCACUAA